AUGAUGAAGAAAUUUGCUCGCGCCUACUCCUCGGCGUCAGCCACUCUCGGCUCAAACCCCGUCCCGCCCUCCAAGAUCCAAUACAUCCCUACAUCAGGGAAAUAUCCCAAGGGCUUCGUCGCUGCGGGCGUCUUGGCUGGUGUCAAGCCUGGAAACACUAGCAAGCCCGACAUCGCCCUCAUCACCUCGGACCGUCCCUGCGCGGCUGCUGGUGUCUUCACCAAGAACAAAUUCCAGGCUGCGCCCGUGACUUACAGCAGGAAACUUCUCCAGCAGAAGAAGAACGCUGGGCUGCGAAGUGUGAUCGUCAAUUCGGGCAAUGCGAAUGCCGUCACCGGCACCGGAGGGCUUGAAGAUGCGACCAAUAUGGCUCGCGCUACGGACAAGAGAGUUGGUGAUGAGGACUCUACUAUCGUCAUGAGCACUGGAGUUAUUGGACAGAGGCUACCUAUUCAGAAGAUUCUUGACAAGAUUCCUUCUGCUGUUAACAAAGCUGGCGGUUCUCAUGAGAGCUGGCUUGAGUGCGCAAAGGCUAUCUGCACCACCGAUACAUUCCCCAAGCUCAUGUCUCGAACCUUUGAGCUCCCCUCUUCCCCGGGUGUUGAGUACCGAAUUGCUGGCAUGACUAAGGGCGCGGGCAUGAUUGCCCCCAACAUGGCAACCCUUCUCACGAUCCUGGCCACUGACGCUCCUAUCGCCCCUGGUGUUAUGCCCAACGUACUUCGACACGCUGUAGACCGCUCGUUCAACUCCAUCACCAUUGAUGGCGACACCUCUACCAACGAUACUGUUGCUCUCCUUGCCAACGGUGCCGCUGGCGGUAAGGAGGUUACCUCUGAGCAGUCUCCUGAUUACAAGGCUUUCCAGGAGCUCUUGACCGAGUUCUCCAUUGAUCUGGCCAAAUACGUCGUUCGAGAUGGCGAGGGUGCCACCAAGUUCGUCACCAUCCGAGUUGUCGACAGUGCUUCCGAGGAGGCAGCGCGUCAAAUCGGACGAAGUAUCGCCAUAUCACCCCUAGUUAAAACCGCCCUCUACGGCAAGGAUGCCAACUGGGGCCGUAUUCUAUGCGCCACCGGUUACGCUCUCAUCUCUGCUCCUGGACAACCCGUAAACGAAGUCUCUGAGAUCACUCCUGAGCGUACGAAUGUUUCUUUCAUCCCCACAGAUGGCUCUCCCGAGCUUAAGCUGCUUGUGGAUGGUGAGCCUGAGCAGGUUGACGAGAAGCGAGCGGCUGAGAUCCUUGCGAUGGAGGAUCUUGAGAUUGUCGUUAAGCUGGGCACAGGCGACAAGUCUGCUGUGCAUUAUACCUGCGAUUUUAGCCAUGACUAUGUAACUAUCAAUGGUGACUACCGAACUUAG